AUGGCGAACGUGACCGUCUGGAUCAUCGGGGGCGGCGCGCUUGGUCUCGCGGCGCCGCUGCUUCUCUCAGUGGGCGCUGCGGCGGCAGUGCCCACGGCCAUGUCGUACUUCGGCACAGUCGUCUCGGGCGUCGGGACAAUUCAUGCUGCCGGUGGCGUCGCGGCCACGCUCCAAGCCAGCAGUGUCGCCUUGUGGUCGGGUAGCGCGCUGCUCUACGGCGGAGCGACAGGCGUCGCGUCCGGGGUUGCUGCCAGCGUCUGGACAGCGAUCGCGCCCAGUUCGACGGCCAAAGACCCGUAG